AUGCUCGUUCCCGGAGAAUCAUUUCCUUCAGAAGGAGGCUCAAGCACCUCAAGUUCAGACAAAUCAUCCAGUUCCGGACACGGUCUCAGCGGCGGAGCAAUCGGCGGCAUAGUGGUAGCCUGCGUAGUCUUUGUUGCGAUAUUGAUCGCACUUUUCUUUGUGCUCGGUCGCAACCGCAUCUACAGCCGCUGGGCAGCCUCAGAGGAUGGACGCACUACUGACCGCGGCGAACGCACAGCACGAUGGACGAUGUUCGGCCACUCAGGUGAUAGCCGGCCCAAGACUGAGCUGGAUAGCCACGAAAUUGAUAGUACCGGCGCCUCAACUCAUAUGGAUUCAAUCUACGGCAGUCCAACAAUGAAGUCGUCGUUCCAAUCACCUUCUUCACCUAUUCCGGCACCGCAAUAUUCAGCUAUGGAGAUGCAGCAGACAUCGCGGAAUAUUCGUGGUCCCGUCGAACUUGAUGGUCAACAUGUUGUUGCGCAGCUUCCUGAUGAAUCUAGGGACUAUCGGUGA